AAAAAAACAAUAUUUAAAGCGCUGGUUGACUAGUAGAAGCAUAGUAAAACAGAAAAGAGUGUCCAUUGAAUAAAUAUGCUGUCUAGAAGUAUUCUCAGCUGGUUAAUACUGCUACUGAUCCUAGCUACUGUUACCAGGAGUGAGCACUAUCACAUUGUGCCAGUGGAUUCAACUUACUUGUGUCAUGAAUAUCGAAAUGGAACUUGUUUCACUCUCGAGCAGCUUGUCCAAACAGACCUGUUAUCUGAUGGAGACAAUCUCACCUUGAGCUUUCUACCUGGAGAUCAUGUGUUAACCGAGCAGUUAUUGAUUCGUAACUUCUCACAUGUGCAAAUCACUGGCCAGAACAAAAAUACAGCUGUAGUUGGAUUCCAUAGCAAUGGUGCGAUACGUUUUGUUAGUAUUACCAAAUUGAACAUUGAAUGCUUGAGUUUCGUUGGAGUGAAUAUCGGAUCACCAAACUCACAUCAAGGAGUAAUCAUUGUUGGUUCCCACGAUGUUUAUAUCAAAAACUGCUACUUCAUGAAGUUUAAUCAGACAGAAACCCACAUAUUUAAGAUUGCUAAUACUCAAACUGCAACAAUUGAGAGCACUCUCUUUAUGAACAACACUGGUCAGGCACUGCACAUUGAGGCUGGUGAUGUGUACAUAACAAAAAACGAGUUUACUAGAAAUAGUAGAGGUGCAGUUUACAUUAAGUCAAACAACUCUCUUAUCAACAACACAGAGUUCAACUGUAACAGUGCUGGGAGUGGAGGAGCAGUAGAAGUGGUAUCUGGUACUGUAGUGAUCACUGGGUGUAACUUUACAAAUAACAAAGCUUCUCAGUAUGGUGGUGCCAUUGCUGUUGUCUCAAGCAGUGUGUCCAUCUUCAACAGUGAGCUGACAAACAACAGUGCCUAUAGCGAUGGCGGAGCGAUUAGUGUUUACUCAGGUAGUAUAUCUAUCUCUGGCAGUACGCUGACAAACAACAGAGCUACUAAUAAUGGCAGUGUGUCUAUCUCUAACAGCAAGCUGACAAAGAACAGAGCUAACAAUGGUGGAGCGAUUAGUGUUGGCUCAGAUAGUGUGUCCAUCUCCAACAGCGAGCUGACAAACAACAGUGCUAAUUAUGGUGGAGCGAUUGGUAUUGGCUCAGGCAGUGCUUCCAUCUCCAACAGUGAGCUGACAUUCAACAGUGCUACUAACUAUGGUGGAGCGAUUAUUGUUUACUCAGGCAGUGUGUCUAUCUUUAACUGUGAGCUGACAAACAACAGUGCUAAUUAUGGUGGAGCGAUUGGUGUUGGCUCAGGCAGUGCGUCCAUCUCCAACAGUGAGCUGACAAAAAACGGUGCUACUAACUCUGGUGCAACGAUUAUUGUUGACUCAGGCAGUGUGUCUAUCUUUAACUGUGAGCUGACAAACAACAGUGCUAACGAUAGUGGAGUGAUUUUUGUUUACUCAGGCAGUGCGUCCAUCUUCAACAGUGAGCUGACAAAAAACAGUGCUACUAACUAUGGUGGAGCGAUUAUUGUUUAUUUAGGCAGUGUGUCUAUCUCUAACUGUGAGCUGACAAACAACAGUGCUAACGAUGGUGGAGUGAUUUUUGUUUACUCAGGCAGUGCGUCCAUCUCCAAUAGUGAGCUGAAAAACAACAAAGUCGACCAUAAUGGUGGAGCGAUUUAUGCUGAGUCAGGCAAUGUGUCUAUCUCUGACUGUGCUCUGACAAACAACAGUGCUUAUUUUGGUGGAGGGAUUCGUGUUGACUCAGGCAGUGCGUCCAUCUCCAAUAGCGAGCUGACAAAAAACAGAGCUAACUAUGGUGGAGCGAUUGAUGUUGACUCAGGCAAUGUGUCCAUCUCUAACAGCACACUGACAUACAACAGUGCUGACAUUGUUGGAACGAUUCGUGUUAAAUCAGGCAGUGCGUCCAUCUCCAAUAGCGAGCUGACAAACAACAGAGGUACUACUACUGGUGGAGCGAUUAGUGUUGGCUCAGGCAGUGUGUCCAUCUCCAAUAGCGAGCUGACAAACAACAGAGCUAACUAUGGUGGAGCGAUUAGUGUUUACAGAGGCAGUGUGUCCAUCUCCGACAGUACUCUGACAAACAAUGUUGCUAAUGAAAGUGGAACAAUUGAUGUCUUCCCAUCUUCCACCUUUAUCAUCCACAAUACUGACAUUACUAAUAACAUAGGCAGUUUGAACAUUUCGAAGUCAUAUGUAACAUUCACUGGAAGGAAUAUUGUCAGCAACAAUGGCCCCAUUUAUGCUUUCAAUAGUCGAAUCAAGUUUAAUGGACCUACAACACUGAGUAACAAUCGCGGUAUACUUGGAGGAGCUAUCAGCGCUGACCAGAGUGAAAUAUACAUUAACACAGAAGGAGUACUCAUCACCAACAACACAGCUACCUCUGGAGGAGGGAUAUUUCUGAGAGAGAGUGCACUCUUUGUAAAUGUGCCAGUAGAGAUCUACCACAACACAGCACACAAAGAUGGUGGAGGGAUUUAUGCAUAUUUUAGCGAAGUUGAGUUCCAAUCAGUGCAGAUGGUAGAUGCAGAUGGUAAUCCACUUCCUCUAAAUACACAGAGUGAGAUUGCUCACAACAUUGCUGAGAAUGGUGGAGGUAUACAUGCAGUGUCUUCAACUAUUAACUUUGCUCAAUCACACGUCAACAUUGACUCAAACACAGCUAAUGCUAGUGGAGGUGGACUGUUUCUACAGCAAAGUUCGAAACUCUACCUAUUUAAAACUAAAGGUGACCGUAUUAGGUCUACAUUUAAUGUCAAGUUAAUGAUUAACAACAACUUGGCUCAGUACGGAGGAGGAAUAUUUGUGGCAGAUGACACACAGAGGAGCGCAUGUGGAGGAGGGGUCACAGAAGAUGAUGAUACUCACACCAUUUUUUCUGGCUGCUUCAUUCAAACAAUUAAACUGUAUGGGUGGGACAGAAAUCUAAACUAUUUCAACACAUUCAUGACUAACAACACGGCUACCCAGUCAGGAGCAGACAUCUACGGAGGUCUGUUGGACAGGUGUACAAUUAAUCAAAAUGCUGAAUAUGAGAUUUAUUCAAAUGGAUCUAUAUUGGACUACAUAAAUAACACCAUAAAAUCCUCCACCGAAUUAUCAAUCUCCUCUGGGCCUGUUCAGGUGAUGUUUUGUAACUAUUCACAAAAUGAUUAUGUUUCUCCAAGAAAGGGACACGCAUUUAAAAUCAGUGUUAUGGCUGUUGACCAAGUUGGAAAUCCAAUGAAUGCCACAAUUCACAGUUCUGUUAUCACUGAUAGUGGAUUUGAUCGUCUCAAAGAAGGACAGGCAAAACAAACAGUUGGUCAUCAAUGCACAGAAUUAGAGUACAAUGUAUUCUCACAAGACAGCUCUGCUCAAGUGGAACUCUAUGCCGAGGGUCCAUGCAUCAAUUUGGGAAUUUCAAAACAACUCAUCAAAAUUUCUUUUCUACCCUGCACAUGCCCUAUUGGACUCAAACCAAUUCAGUCCGAUACUGAGUGCAAGUGUGACUGUGAUCCAGACUUGCUACAAUAUCAGAUAACAAACUGUUCUGAGGAAAAUGAAACCAUAAAGCUAGAAAGUAAUAACAACAUAUGGAUAGAAGUCAUAAAUACUACCAACAAAACAGGUUAUGUUGUUAGUAACUGUGCAUUUGACUAUUGCGUAAAAAGGCCAGUCAACAUCAGUCUAAGCAACCGUGACGAACAAUGUGCCUACAAUCGAAGUGGUGUCUUGUGUGGAGAAUGUCAAUCAGGACUCAGUGUUAUGUUGGCUACGUCAAAAUGUAAAGAAUGCUCUAAUUUUUACCUUUUUUUGCUAAUUUCAUUUGCGCUGGCUGGCAUAUUGCUAGUUGCUUUCAUUCUCGUGCUCAACAUCACUAUAGCAACUGGGAAUAUUCAAGGUCUCAUUUUUUAUGCCAAUAUACUAGCAGCUAAUAGAGCGAUUUUCUUACCUAAUUUAAACAACUUUUUAACAGUUUUCGUAUCCUGGGUGAAUCUUGACUUGGGAAUAGAGAUAUGCUUUUACGAUGGAAUGAACUCUCAAGCAAAAGUGCUCCUUCAACUUGUCUUCCCAGCUUACUUGUUUCUUCUAAUGUUUCUUGUUAUAAUUUUGAGCAACUAUUUUGACUCGUUUGCAAAGCUCCUCUCCAACAGGAACCCAGUUGCUGCACUAGGCACACUCGUCCUACUCUCUUAUUCAAAAUUUUUACGGUUUAUCAUUGCUGCACUACAAUACAGGGUCUUGGAUUAUCCUGACGGUUCAACAAACACUGUUUGGUUGUAUGACGGCAAUGUUCAAUACUUCACUCCCAAUCACAUUCCUCAGUUUUUUGCUGCUGCCAUUAUCCUCAUUGCUGGUGGAUUGUUCACUGUACUGCUCUUCUUUGGACAAUGGCUUCAGCACUGUUCAAAAGUUAUGAAAUGGACUAAGAACACAAAAUACAUCGGCUUCAUGGAUGCAUACCAUGCUCCAUUCACUCCCAAGCAUCGCUACUGGGUGGGACUGCUCCUCUUCGCUCUGAUCGCUCAUAAUCUAGUAGUUGCAAUGGCUCCAGACACUUCUCUCCCUGUGCUAUCAUCUGGGUGUAUUGCAUUCGGACUGAUAUCAUUGAACAACCGAGUGUAUAAAAAGCAACUUAGUGAAUAUCUAGAAGCAUUGUUUCUACUUAACCUCGGCAUUCUAUCCUAUGCCACUUCCUAUGUUGUUGAAACAAACCGACAACAAGAAACACUGGCUUUUGUUUCAAUGUCUAUAGCUUUCAUACUCUUUGUGAUAAUAAUCAGCUACCAUUUCCACCACUUUAUACUGAAGAAGACCAAAAUAUGGCUCAAGAUAAAGGAAGUUGUUAACUAUGUCAAAAGGAACUUAUGUGCUGGUACUGCAGACAUUAGACUCCGACGAGCUAACAAUGCCUGGGAAAUGUAUCAGCAAGUAGCCGAUGAAAAUGAUGAUGACGAAUUACUCGAAGCAGUAGACGACUAUGAACAAAGAGACGCCUUGAACCCACCUUACACUGAUGGAGCCGUGGAAGAAGCUGACCCCGAUCGUUACAUCACUCCUCCCAUCAUUAGACCAGCCACAAGGCCGGAUCAGCUGAGACUAUCCUACAUGGAUGAACUAGCCCCCCUCGCUGCAGAGGACUACAGACCAGCCCCUCCCCCUCAAAGAGUCAACCAUCGUCCGGUUGUUACACACACAGAAAUCGGUCCGAUACACAAUGAAGUGUGAACUGUCUUAUUUAGCUGAGGUACCUUUAUAACAUGUAUAUACAACUUAAAUAAUCUUCGUAGGCAUAUCAACAGUUACUGACGUUAGUAAUUGUUUGUGUUACAGCGUUGUAAUUUAAUUAAAGAGAGAUAAGAUUUUUUUGUAGAGUUAAAAUU